CAACUCAUGUCGUCUGCUCUGCAGUUCACAUUAGGUUUUCCCUGUAAUAAUAUUUAGAUUUGCAGCAAUUUUCGAUUUUUCAACGAAUAAAAUUCAAAAAUGAGGCUUACUGCCGUCGUGUACAGUACGCACAUAGGAAAUGCUUUCAGGCAAGUUUGGAAAGUCCAACAAAAAAGGAAAAUCCUUGAAUAUGGAGUGAAAGAAAAACUAGAAGCCAAAGGCCUGCAGGUCGUCGAUGCAGUCGAGUUUCUAAAUCUAAAGCGCCCGGUUCCAUCCAUCCUACCACAACUAAAAUCUCAACCUGAUGAGAAACUUAUUGAUGAUUUUUUAGUACCUAAAUCUCUGAAAAAAGAUCACACACAUCCAGAUUGGCACGAUGAACCUGGUCAUGUCUACCACGAUCACUGUUGGCUGUUCACAGGACUUCACGAAGCUCAGCAUAUUUCAAAAACUUUUGUUUCUAACAACUUGCCAGAUAGGAUAACAUCAUUCAAGUCAAAGCUCCCUGAGGAAGUUCAUAAACAAAUGCAGCAGGCCAUCUUAAACGCGCAUGUAUUAGAUGCGUUACAAGUGAAACUUCCAAAAGAUAUCGAUAUCAAGAGACCAGGAUGGAAUUACCCCCGUGUUUAUGGGCUACCGCGAUGGAGGCGAAAUGUGCAGCUCAUCAGCAAAAUGUUCCACACUGCUGACUCGACUUUGGCCGGCCAGAACAUUGACGUGACUAAACAACAGUUCACAUCCCAAAUUAUGAUCAGGGCACCAUUGACCCUGGAAGGAAGGCCGAGUGUGUUUGAAGCGAGGCAAAACACGCUGGUGUUUGGCAAGAAACCGUUGCAGCCGUACCUCGAUGGAGAAGUGAAAGCUGAACAGCUCUCGAAACCCCUGCCAGACAUCUAUCCACUAAACCGAACCAUCAGUCUACACGGAAAGAAUAUCUAUAGGAUGGAACACAAAUUCCCCGUCCGGCAAGGGGCUCCGUUCGAUCGACUCACAAUGGGGGUGUUUUACAUCAACAAACCUUUCAUUAAGACCAGCGGCACUCAACUCGAAGCCCGUCUCUUGCUCCAUGCCUUCACUGUGGCCGCAGCUCACGCCCAACAACUCUACGGAAAAGACGUCAAGGACUUGCCUGAGCCGGUGACCAUCAACUGUAUGCAAACGGACAGCCGCAACUUUUACUUUGCCUGUUUCCAGUUGCACUCGCUGGACUUGGACAGCAGUAAAGCGACUAGCAACUUGUUCUGGAUCGAAGAUGCCCAGCCCAUGUUUACCAAAUGCGACUACGUUGAUAACCAGCCCGUACUGGAGGGUUACAACCCUCAAGUGCUGGAGACUCUAAUGGCUUUGUACAAAAGUCAAAUGGUGGCGGCAGCGGUUUGAAGAGCAUCUUGAAUCUGCCAAACUUUGCUUCUGCCCUUCUAGUGAAAUACAAAAUGAAACUUUGAGACAUAAA